AUGUCCAUGAUUGGUUACUGUAACGAUGGGGGGCACAUGGCACUUGUCUAUGAGUACAUGCCUCAAGGAUCCCUAAAAGAGCAUAUUGCAGGAGAAGACGGCAACAUGCCAUGCUUACCCUGGGAACGAAGACUUCGAGUAGCACUUGAAACGGCACAAGGACUGUUGUACCUUCACAAGGGAUGUAGCCCACCUAUAAUUCACAGGGAUGUGAAAACCACCAACAUCUUGUUAAACGCAAGGCUGGAGGCCAAGAUUGCCGAUUUUGGCUUGUCCAAGGCUUUCAACUGCGAGGAUGACACCCACGUAUCAACUAACACAUUUGCAGGCACACUUGGAUAUGCAGCUCCAGAGUAUCAAAGAACAAUGCAGCCGUCGACCAAGAGUGACGUGUACAGCUUUGGUGUUGUGCUGCUAGAGCUCGUCACUGGGAAGCCAGCCAUCGUACGCAAUCCCGAGUCCAUCCCCCUCAUCAACUGGGCACGACAGCGGCUUGCAUGGGGCGACAUUGAGGGUGUGGUGGACACACGUAUGCAAGGUGAUCAUGACAUCAAUGCUGUUUGGAAGACUACGGAGAUUGCACUCAAGUGCACUGAGCAAUCGCCCCUGCAACGGCCCUCCAUGACUGAUGUCGUGAUGCAGCUACAGGAGUGCCUCGACCUCGAGGAAGGCUUCGAACGAGGUGACAAUGGAUUCUACACUGAUAGUAGCAAUGGUGGAAUGAACCCAAACAUGGGUUACAACAUUACCACUAACCAAUCCACUGAUGUGAGCCAGAAUAACGCUGCUUUGAGAUAA